AUGAACAUGCCAAACGGGCGAGGGAGCGAGUACUUAAUCGCGGAGAAUCAUAGGCGAAUACCCGACGAAAACUUUCAUUUCUCGCUUAAGCUCGAGAUGUCCAACCACCCGGACGAUCACUUCUCCUAUGGAUGCUUCUCAAGAACACCGCGGAGGAGUCCCGCUGGCGGGACCAACAAUAAUGGUGGGAGUGCGCGCCGUGGUUUCUUUCAUAUGGGACAGGGUGGGCGAGCCCAGCUGCCUCCUCUUCAUCUACCGUUUCGAGCCUCACGUUCUCCAGGUCCGUUUUCCUUCAACACGCCUAACAAUCAGCAAGAACAUCAAGUUCGAAACGAUUAUGGUAUGGGAGGGGCGUACGGUCAGCAGGGGUGGCCCGUCAACCCGCCGUCUGGGCACCAUCAACAGACUUCAUUUCAAUCUGAUCCAAGAUUAGCAGCACAAGCACAAUAUGGCUCAUAUCCGCACCGAACACCAUCAGCUAUGAUACCAGAUACCAGUGAUCCUCGCACGCUGCCACCUCUUAAUAUGCCUCAUUCACAAGCUCAUCCUGGUGCGUCCGGCCAGCAUAUGGUUGGUGGUACACAUAUUAGAUCGCCUAUUGCAGGCUAUCCUCCUUCCUAUGCUCCUUAUCCGGAACAGCCACAACCCAGUGGCUCUUUCCUUGCUCCUGAUCCCAGAAACCUUCCACCGCCGGUGCCGUCUAUGGGUCUCGACCCAUCUGCGAAUAUGAUGCCUCGACGCGCCUCGAUGUCCGUCGAUCGCUCUGCACCUUCGCGCCUCUCUGUCCACGGACCAUCACCAUACCCACGGAAUCCGUCCGUGACAUCGCCAUCCGCAUAUAUUCCAGAUGAUGCGUCUAUAUCUGAGCCGGCGAUCAAGAAAAAACGAAAGCGGGCUGACGCCGAGCAGCUGAAGGUCUUGAACGAAACUUACAAUAGGACUGCGUUCCCGUCGACUGAAGAGCGGGCCGAGUUGGCGAAAAGAUUGAACAUGUCUGCUAGGAGCGUGCAGAUAUGGUUCCAGAAUAAGCGACAGGCGAUGCGCCAAAGCUCUCGCCAAGCACAGGCCUCUGCGCCGCCGAGCGUAAAUGAUCCUUUUGCAUCGGCGUCGCAUGCCGGUGCUGCCUUUCCCGCCCCAGGAUCUUAUGGUGCCCCAUCAUCUAGUUCGGUGAAUAUGGGCCAGCCUUACGGAGCCAUGCACCCAGGGGAUGUACCCCAUCGUACCCCGAGCCGCCUAAUCCCGUCUCCGACCCCAUCAGCACACCAUCGUGGUCGGAGUCACGAAGGCGACGACAGGGACCCUCGGCGAUUCUCAGGACGUCCCUUUUGA